UUUGCUGGCCUCUCAUUCGCAAAACAGCCACCUGUGGCUUCGUACCAUGAUCUGGAGCACGGCUCUCCGUUUGCUGAUCAGGAAUACGCCGGCGGAUUGCAGGCUUGUGUCAUCGUUCGUUAUCAUAAGAGCCCCAUCGGAAUGUAUGAUGAGCUGCUUUGGAUUCCAGGGGCAUUCCGGCAUCCAGGCAAUGGGAAGCAGGCCUAUCGCUCUACGAGGGCGUACGUAUCAAAGCCGCUAGCUGUGCACAGUGGCCGCAAAAAUUGGAAUGUGCCCAAAGCAUGUGCCGGCUUUGAAUUCACAUCAGCGCAGUCCGCCAACUUUCCAUACAGUCGAAUCACAGUGUCACCCUACCGCGGUGGCGAGCCAUUCCUUGACCUCACAUUUCAAUCGACUUUCUUCAGCAGACCGUUUGUGACUCUCAACAGUCGGUACUUUCCGCUGAAUUUAGACUUCGACUUUCCCCCCCUCCCCGACGACCCAAACAAUUCCAGUGAAGGCUUGGUAGGAACAUCUGAGUGGCGCCGUGUCCACUUGGAAGUGGCGGGCAAGGCUGGCAUAGCGAAAGCUUCCGGAACACUGGGAGACGGGAAAUCGCUGCCUUGUUUCGGGGAAAGGGCACAUUGGAUAUGGCUGAAGCAGGCACAUAUU